AAACAGGAACGCUUAUCUUUUCAAAGAUUUUGGCAGUUAACCGUUGCAAGUAACAGCGCCAAGGCAGUCAUUUAGCCCCUUAAAGUUAGCUAAGUAGUUAACAGAAACGUUAUUUUCUUUCUCAUUACUUACAUUUUUGUAUUGAAAUUUAAUCAAAAUGCGUGAGUGCAUUUCCAUUCACGUCGGCCAGGCCGGAGUCCAGAUCGGAAACGCUUGCUGGGAGCUCUACUGUUUGGAGCAUGGUAUCCAGCCAGAUGGCCAAAUGCCCAGCGACAAGACAAUCGGUGGAGGAGAUGAUUCCUUCAACACCUUCUUCAGCGAAACCGGAGCAGGGAAACAUGUUCCCCGUGCUGUAUUUGUGGACCUCGAACCAACGGUUGUUGAUGAGGUCCGCACGGGGACUUACAGACAGUUGUUCCACCCCGAGCAGCUAAUUACGGGCAAGGAGGAUGCCGCGAACAAUUACGCGCGUGGCCACUACACCAUCGGGAAAGAGAUCGUUGAUCUGGUGCUGGACCGAGUCCGCAAACUGUCGGACCAGUGCACGGGGCUGCAGGGGUUUCUGAUCUUUCACAGCUUCGGUGGAGGAACUGGCUCUGGCUUUGCAUCUCUGCUGAUGGAGCGGCUGUCUGUAGACUACGGCAAGAAAUCCAAGCUGGAGUUUGCCAUUUACCCUGCACCUCAGGUUUCCACAGCUGUUGUGGAGCCCUAUAACUCAAUCCUGACCACCCACACCACCCUGGAGCACUCAGACUGUGCCUUCAUGGUGGACAACGAGGCCAUCUAUGACAUCUGCCGCCGUAAUCUGGACAUCGAGCGACCCACCUAUACAAACUUGAAUCGCCUGAUUGGACAGAUCGUCUCCUCCAUCACUGCCUCUCUGCGUUUCGAUGGGGCUCUGAACGUGGACCUGACUGAGUUCCAGACCAACCUGGUGCCCUACCCCCGCAUCCACUUCCCGCUGGUGACCUACGCCCCGGUCAUCUCUGCUGAGAAGGCCUACCACGAGCAGCUGUCGGUGGCAGAGAUCACCAACGCCUGCUUCGAGCCUGCCAACCAGAUGGUGAAGUGUGACCCCCGCCACGGGAAGUACAUGGCCUGCUGCAUGCUGUACCGUGGCGACGUGGUGCCCAAGGACGUCAACGCUGCCAUCGCCACCAUCAAGACCAAACGCACCAUCCAGUUUGUAGACUGGUGUCCCACCGGCUUCAAGGUGGGCAUCAACUACCAGCCCCCCACCGUGGUUCCUGGAGGAGACCUGGCCAAGGUGCAGAGGGCCGUGUGCAUGCUGAGCAACACCACCGCCAUCGCUGAGGCCUGGGCCAGGCUGGACCACAAGUUCGACCUGAUGUACGCCAAGCGUGCCUUUGUGCACUGGUACGUGGGCGAGGGCAUGGAGGAGGGUGAGUUCUCUGAGGCCAGAGAGGAUCUGGCAGCCCUGGAGAAGGACUACGAGGAAGUGGGGGUGGACUCUGUCGAGGGAGAGGCUGAGGAAGGAGAAGAGUAAACAUGGCUGAUUUGGUUUUUAAAUGUCUUGGUUUUUACUAGCAGUUCAAUAAAGUUGUUUUCUUGCAU